CAGGGGGCCCGCCGAUUGGCUGGAAGGCACGGGAGCCGGGCGGCCCGGCCGGGCCGGAGGAGGGCGGUGCCGUGGGCCCCAUCCAGGAGGUGGCCGCCGGCUUCAGUGAGAUGAUCAUGGCAGCUCGGACUGCUCAAAGGGCCCUGAGAAAGGUGGUGUCGGAAUGCCGUCCGAAGACGGCGGCGGCAGCCGGAGCCCAGGCUCGGGCGCAGGGGCCGGCGCGGGAUGUCAGAUAUUUAGCGUCCUGUGGUAUACUGAUGAGCAGAACUCCUCCACUUCAUGCCUCGGUGUUGCCUAAGGAGAUGUAUGCAAGAACUUUCUUCAGAAUUGCUGCACCAUUAAUAAACAAAAGAAAAGAAUAUUCAGAGAGGAGAAUUAUAGGAUACUCUAUGCAGGAAAUGUAUGAUGUAGUAUCAGGAAUGGAGGAUUACAAGCAUUUUGUUCCUUGGUGCAAAAAAUCAGAUGUGAUAUCAAAGAGAUCUGGAUACUGCAAAACACGGUUAGAAAUUGGGUUUCCACCUGUGUUGGAGCGCUAUACAUCAGUAGUAACCUUGGUUAAACCACAUUUGGUAAAGGCAUCGUGUACCGAUGGGAGGCUCUUUAAUCAUCUGGAGAGUGUUUGGCGUUUUAGCCCAGGUCUUCCUGGCUACCCCAGAACUUGUACCUUGGAUUUUUCAAUUUCUUUUGAAUUUCGCUCACUUCUACAUUCUCAGCUUGCCACGUUGUUUUUCGAUGAAGUCGUAAAGCAGAUGGUAACUGCCUUUGAAAGAAGAGCUUGUAAGCUGUAUGGUCCAGAAACAAAUAUACCUCGGGAAUUAAUGCUUCAUGAAGUUCAUCACACAUAAAGAGAAAAAGAACUGGUCACCUGCUUGUAACUUUAGUUUAUUCACUUUUAGGAAGUACUUUCUUCAUUUGCUUUCAGAAGUCAGAAAGCAUUUGUUAAACCCAGCUUUGAUUAUAAACCUGCACCGUGGAACAUUUGCACUUGGAAUAUGGAACCACAUGUACAUAGAAUUCAAUCAAGUGUAAUUCAAAGCAAUAUGUAUAUUAGCGUAUUUACAGUAAUGGGAUCACUAUUGCUAGAAUAGUGACAUCACUCUUCUGAGCAGAAAUUGAAACUGUCAGUUUAAACCUUUUAAUUAUCACCUUACCUGAAAGGUUAGUUGAGAUACUCACAUAGUAUGUAUUAUAUUAACCAUAUCACAUUUAAGUUAUUAAGUUCAGACUAUUUAUAACUUAUUGUCAUAGGGCCUGCCUCAUGGCUUAGGGUAUUUGAGUAAUCAUCAGAUAUUUAAAGUAGAAACUUUGACUUAAAAAUACUGUUAAUGAAGGUUCCCUGGCACCUUUCUUAUUUUUAAAUUGUUCUUACGAGUAGCAGUAGAGAAUUCGGUGCUUUGGGGAGGUUAGCUCUCGGAUGAAGUGAGUAGUUUUUUUGGUGAGUGGUCCAGAACUUUAAGCUACUUUUCUCACAAUUUGCAACUCUCUCACAGGUGCUUUGACUGCUCUUUGAAUAAUGGUCAUUGUGUGUCAGAUUUUUCUGUAACAGUGGGCAGCAGAUGAAGAUAAGUCAGUUGAUGUGUCCCCAGCACCAUGCAUCCCUAUUUUCUAUUUAUUAUGUGUCUUCACUUUCAAUAAUAUAUUUCAGACUGAUAUUUUUAUAAACAAAUCAAUGUAAGGGCUGAAGUUGUAACUUAAUAAAGUUAAUUUGUUUAUUUUUUUGUA